UUUCUUGCACGCAAUCCACGCGUCGCCUCUAUAGUAGGGAGGAAGAUUAAGAGCGCGCGUACUACUGCUGCUAAUUACAACACUAUAAACGAUAUACCCUAUAAGAACGUGUGGAGUUUUGAUGAGACUGGCGUUGCACUUGGUGUAUGUACUAACUAG